GCUUCCGGGAUUUGGCGGCGCCUUUGUCUCUCGCUGCAGCCGGAGCUCCGUGUCUCCUUUCACUGCUCUGUGUCCUCUGCUCCUAGAGGUCCAGCCUCUGUGGGCCUGUGACCUGCAGAAAUUGGGAGAUCCACAGCUAAGACUCCAGGGCCUCCUAGAAGCCUAGAAAUGGGACUGUUGACAUUUAGGGAUGUGGCCAUAGAAUUCUCUCUGGAAGAAUGGCAAUGCCUAGACACUGCACAGCGGAAUUUAUAUAAAAAUGUGAUUUUAGAGAACUACAGAAACCUGGUCUUCCUGGGUAUUGCUGUCUCUAAGCAAGACCUGAUCACCUGUCUGGAGCAAGAAAAAGAGCCUUUGACUGUGAAGAGACAUGAGAUGGUGGAUGAACCCCCAGUAAUGUGUUCUCAUUUUGCCCAAGAGUUUUGGCCAGAGCAGAACAUAAAAGAUUCUUUUGAAAAAGUGACACUGAGAAGAUAUGAAAAAUGUGGAAAUGAUAAUUUUCAGUUAAAAGGCUGUAAAAGUGUGGAUGAAUGUAAGGUGCACAAGGGAGGUUAUAAUGGUCUUAACCAAUGUUUACCAACUACACAAAGCAAAAUGUUUCAGUGUGAUAAAUAUGUGAAAGUCUUUAAUAAAUUUUCACAUUCAGAUAGACGUAAGAUAAAACAUGUGGAAAAUAAACCUUUCAAAUGUAAAGAAUGUGGCAAAUCAUUUUGCAUGCUUUCACACCUAACUCGACAUGAAAGAAAUUAUACCAAGGUGAAUUUCUGCAAAUAUGAAGAAUGUGAAAAAGCUUUUAACCAAUCUUCAAAGCUUACUAAACAUAAAAGAAUUUAUACUUGUGAGAAACUCUACAAAUGUCAAGAAUGUGACAGAACUUUUAGCCAAUUCUCAAACCUUACUGAAUAUAAAAAAGAUUAUACUCGAGAGAAACCAUACAAAUGUGAAGAAUGUGGCAAAGCCUUUAACCAGUCCUCACACCUUACUACACAUAAGAUAAUUCAUACAGGAGAGAAACCCUACAAAUGUGAAGAAUGUGGCAAAGCCUUUAACCAAUUCUCAAAUCUUACUACACAUAAAAAAAUUCACACUGGAGAGCAACCCUACAUAUGUGAAGAAUGUGGCAAGGCUUUUACCCAAUCCUCAACCCUUACUACACAUAAGAGAAUUCAUACUGGAGAGAAGCCCUACAAAUGUGAAGAAUGUGGAAAAGCUUUUAACCGAUCCUCAAAACUUACUGAACAUAAAAACAUUCAUACUGGAGAGCAACCCUACAAAUGUGAGGAAUGUGGCAAAGCUUUUAACCGAUCCUCAAAUCUUACGGAACAUAGGAAAAUUCAUACCGAAGAGAAACCCUACAAAUGUAAAGAAUGUGGCAAAGCUUUUAAACACUCCUCAGCCCUUACUACACAUAAGAGAAUUCACACUGGAGAGAAACCCUACAUAUGUGAAGAGUGUGGCAAAGCUUUUAACCGAUCCUCAAAACUUACUGAACAUAAGAAACUUCAUACUGGAAAGAAACCCUACAAAUGUGAAGAAUGUGGCAAAGCUUUUAUCCAAUCCUCAAAACUUACUGAACAUAAGAAAAUUCAUUCUGGAGAGAUACCCUACAAGUGUGAAGAAUGUGGCAAAGCUUUUAAACACUCCUCAUCCCUUACUACACAUAAGAGAAUUCAUACUGGGGAGAAACCCUACAAAUGUGAAGAAUGUGGCAAAGCUUUUAGCCGAUCCUCAAAACUUACUGAACAUAAGAUAAUUCAUACUGGAGAGAAACCCUAUAAAUGUGAGAGAUGUGACAAAGCUUUUAACCAAUCUGCAAACCUUACUAAACAUAAAAAAAUACAUACUGGAGAGAACUACAAAACUGGAAUGUGUGACAAUGAUUUUGACAACACCUCAAACUUUUCUAAUUAUAAAGGAAAUCAUACUGGUGAAAAAUUCUAGAAAUGUAAAGAAUGUGUCAAAGUCUUUAAAUGGUUUUCACACUUCAUUGUAUGUAAGAUAAUUCAUACUGGAGAAAACUACAAGUGUGAAGAAUUUGGCAAUACUGUUAAUUAAGGCUCAAACCUUAUUGCACAGGAAAGCAUUUAUACUUAAGAAAAAUUGUACAAAUACAAAGAAUGUAAAAUAGCCAUUAAUAUCUGUUGACAUCUUAAUAACAGAAUGUUGGUACUUAAUAAAAGCAUUAUAAAUGCAAUUACUGUCUAAAGAUUUUAAGAAAAUAUAAGCCUUUAAAGUGAAGAAGAGUAUUCGUUUUGAAGACAAAGAUUACAAACAUAAAGAGGGUUGUAGUACAUUUACUGGUAUCACAAAUCUUAUCAUAUACAUUUUGUACUAGAGAAAAACCCUGAAGCAGUUGCUCAGAGUUUUUUCAACAUCAGUGAAUCUGUCUGGGAGAAAAACUCUGCAAAUGUAAUACAUUUAGAAAAACACAUUUUUUCAAAAGCUAUAGCUUUAGAAAACACCAGAGAGUUAGUACUAAAAUAUAUUUCUGCAGGCUGGGCACAGUGGCUCACGCCUGUAAUCCCAGCACUUUGGGAGGCUGAGGCGGAUAGAUCACCUGAGGUCAGGUGUUCGAGACCAGCCUGGUCAACAUAGCGAAACCCUGUCUCUACUAAAAAUACAAAAAUUAGCCAGGCAUGGUGGUGAUUGCCUGUAAUUCCAGCUACUCAGGAGGGUGAGGCAGGAGAAUUGCUUGAACCCGGGGGGCAGAGGUUGCAGUGAGUCAAGAUCAUGCCAUUGCACUCUAGCCUGGGCAACAAGAGUGAAACUCCAGCUCUCUCUCUCUCUCUCUCUCCUCUCUCUCUCUCUCUCCUCUCUCUCUCUCUCCUCUCUCUCUCUCUCUCUCCUCUCUCUCUCCUCUCUCCUCUCUCUCCUCUCUCUUCUUCUCUCUCUCUAUAUAUACAUUUUUUUGCAGAUGCAGUAAAUAUAAAACUAUUCUAAAAUUAAGUCUAUGUAAAUAUCUGAUAACUCACAGUAGAAAUGUCUAAGGCACUGACACUUCAGACAUUACAGUAAAUCAGAGUCCUGAGUAUAAAAAAGAAUCCAGAACUAAAGUUGUUAGAUAAAUUAUUUGUGUAUAACUUUAAAAGGUGUAGAAGAUUUUUUGAAAAGUUAUAAUUACAUUGAAAGUAUACCUUUUUCCUUAAAAAUACAGAUUAUUUGCAACAUGAAUAAUGUAAUUCAACUCUCAAAAUUCAAAACUCUUGUUCAUUUCUAUUGUAUUCAACUUGUGACUAAUUGUUGCUGCAUCAGCGAUAGGAGAAUUUUUUUUAUUAGUUGGGCAUUAUGAUCUUUUAUGGAAGGGUAAGGACAUGAAAAUGUAAAACACAUGAUAAAAAUCUAAGUGGAGAGGCUCUUUUUGUUAAUAUAAGUGACACAUGAGAUAGGUGUUCAGAGUAAUAUUCUGCAUUAUAGUGAGAAAAAAGAUUUUAAAUUUCAGUUAAAAUUAGUAAAUUAUUUUACUAAUUGUACUUUUAUGUAAUAAAAUGUACAUUCUUAAAAUUUUAAGUUAUGUGUGAACUUAUUUUAUUAAAAUUUUAUUUAACAUUUAUAAAA